AUGUCGUCCUCCAAAACUGCGAGUAGUCCAUUUGUGUCCACUAUGUGGCUUGCUGAUAACAUAAACUCUGUUAUCCCUGUUGACGGGUCUUGGCAUAUGCCUGCAAGCAACCGAGAUCCUUAUCAAGAGUAUUUGGAGCGACGAAUUAAGAAUGCACGAUCUUUUGGCAUAGACGAAAUCAAAGACAAAACUGUAGAUUUACCACACAUGUUACCAUCUCCCGAAAAUUUCGCAAAAGCAGUCGGCGAUCUAGGGAUAUCCGAGAAUGAUCAUAUUGUUGCUUAUGAUUCUGUCGGGAUUUUUUCAUCUCCGCGCGUAUAUUGGACAUUCAAGGCUUUUGGACACGAGAAAAUAUCUGUACUUGAUGGUGGUUUGCCGAAAUGGAUAGAAGAAAAGAGAGAAAUAGAGAGUGGCCCUGUUUCGAUUACGCCAAAGGAAUAUCGUACUCCUACUCUAAAUCAUAAAUUAGUUCGCAGUUACCAGGACAUAAUUAAAAAUAUUGAACAAGGACCAGACACGUCAAACUUUGAACAAGUUAUUGAUGCUAGACCCGAAAAACGGUUUACAGGCGUAGAUCCUGAACCACGACCAGGUCUCUCGAAUGGUCACAUGCCAUACUCAAUCAACAUCCCAUUCCACGCCGUCAUUGAUCCAUCAACCAAAAACACACUUCUCGACAACGACUCAUUAAAGAAGCUCUUUGAAUCAAAGAAAGUCGAUCUUAAGAAACCAAUCGUGUUGAGUUGCGGUAGUGGUAUUACUGCGUCGACGCUGUAUUUCGCUUUAGAAAAAGUUGGAGCGCGGCAGAUUGCUGUUUAUGAUGGUAGUUGGACAGAAUAUGCGAGUAAUGCAAAGUCGCCUAUUGUUAAGUGA